AUGCUGGUAAACCGUUUGUCGUUUUUUCGUGGGACCCCUACACUUAUUGCUUCCCGUUUGAUGUCUAGUAAGAUAUCAGCAAACCAGGCGAUGAUAUCCAAACCUGUACAGGAAGUUGAUAAGGAGAUGUACGAUAUUUUAAGGAUGGAACGGGAGAGACAGAAGCAUAGUAUAACGUUGAUACCAAGUGAGAACUUCACUUCAAAGUCGGUGAUGGAAUUAUUAGGUAGUGAAAUGCAGAAUAAAUACUCCGAAGGUUACCCUGGCAGGCGUUACUACGGAGGCAAUCAGUUCAUUGAUAUGGCUGAAUCUCUUUGCCAGAAGCGUGCUUUAUCCCUUUACAACUUGGAUCCUGCUCAGUGGGGUGUUAACGUGCAGCCUCUAUCCGGAGCUCCUGCCAAUUUGUAUACGUAUUCAGCUAUAAUGAAUACAGAUGAUCGGUUGAUGGGCCUGGAUCUGCCACAUGGUGGUCAUUUAUCUCAUGGAUAUCAAUUGCCAAGUGGUACCAAGAUAUCUUACAUUUCAAAAUACUUCCAAACUAUGCCCUACCACAUUGAUUCACAGACUGGAUUAAUUGAUUACGAAUCGUUAUCUAAGACAUCUAAAUUAUUCAGACCCAAGGUGAUUGUUGCUGGAGCUUCUGCUUAUGCUAGAAUCAUGGAUUGUAAGCGUUUUAGAGAAAUUUCUGACGCAUGCGGUGCUUACCUGAUGUUCGAUAUGGCACACAUCUCUGGUUUAGUUGCUGCUGGCGUUAUUCCUUCUCCCUUUGAAUAUUCCGAUAUUGUAACUACGACCACUCAUAAGUCUUUAAGAGGUCCAAGAGGUGCUAUGAUCUUUUACAGAAAGGGCGUGAGGAAGGUGUCCGAAAAGGGCAAGAAGAUUAUGUAUGAUUUGGAUAGUAAAAUAAACUUUUCUGUCUUCCCAGGCCAUCAAGGUGGCCCACACAACCAUACCAUCUCAGCAUUAGCCGUUGCACUCAAACAGGCUGCGACUCCGGAAUUUAAGGAAUAUCAAGCAUCUGUGAUCACAAACGCCAAGCACUUUGGCGAAGAGUUAAUCAAACGUGGAUUUAACCUAGUUUCAGGAGGUACUGAUACUCAUCUGAUUUUAAUUAACCUAUCUAACUUGGGCAUCGACGGUGCAAGGUUAGAAACAAUCCUGGAAAAAAUAAAUAUAGCAGCUAAUAAAAACACAGUUCCAAAUGACAAGUCUGCAUUGUUCCCAUCCGGCCUGAGGGUCGGUACUCCAGCAAUGACCACAAGGGGAUUCGGUGUUGAUGAGUUUACACAAGUUGCAGAAUUCAUGAGUCGCGCUGUCAAGCUGGCUAUUGGUCUGAAAUCACAAGAAUCCCCCGAUGCUGCUGACAACAGAUCUAAAUUAGCCAAUUUCCGGCAACUAUGUGAAGAAUCUACGCAAGUUCAAGAACUAUCCGCCCAGGUUUAUGAGUGGGUAGGCAAGUAUCCAGUUCCUGGAGAGUUAUAG